GAAAAGAAAUUUCCAUUACCAAAUCUCAGAGAGAAAAUUUCUUCUCCUUUCUUUGCAGGUCUCCCCUGUUCUCAGGGGGGUGUUUAGUUUCAUGAGAGUUUCUCCCCCAUCUCUUCUUCAUCUUGUCAAAAAAGAACAUGCCAUCGACUGAUCGAACUGUUGCCAAGGCUGUUGCUGCCACAGCUGCGAGUACUCUGGUUGUUGUAGGGAUCUUGUUUUUGUUCCUCAAGAGGUUUGCUAUUGUGCGACGCCAGCGAAGGAAAAUAAUUGAUUCGAGUUUCUGUCGAGAAGAACCUGCAGCUCCAGGAGAGUUUAAGAAACUUGGAGGAACUCUGAAAGGAUUGAUUGUUGAUGAGAAUGGGCUGGACAUUAUCUACUUGAGGAAACUUGAAGGGGGUGAACUUAGGACUGGUUUCCCCAAGGAUGUGUUUGAUCAGAAUGAACCAAAAGAAGAACAGAAGUCGGAUAGUGGGGUGAAUAAACCAAUUCAGCGAGUUCCAUUGCUUGGAGAGCCGCAUGAUGUAAUUGCUCUUGAAGAAGUGGCAAAACCAAGGAGUGAGCAAAUCCAAUUUUCGUCCCCCGUUAUCCCAUCAUUUCCACCACAUCAACUGCCACGGCAACCUCCUCACCCACCAGGGCCACCACCUCCACCAGUGAUUCUAGAGAAGCAAACUCCACCAUCACAGCCGCCGCCGCCGCCUCAUCCUCGUCUUCCACCAGAAAGAUCAGGUUUGCAAAUUCCGCCUCAACUCCUGUUUAUAGAAGCAUCACCACCACAGCAGCUGCCACCACAACCUCCUCAGUCUCCACGUCCAUCGCUCCCACAAGUGAUUCCAGUGGAGCAAACUCCUUCUCCACCGCCGCCGCCGCCGCCGCCACCACCACCACCUCCACCCCCUCUUCUUCCUCCACAAAGACCAAGUUUGCAAAUUCCAACUCCACCACCGGUUAUAGCAGCAUCACCACCACAGCCACCUCCACUACGAUCUCACCAUCCACGCCCAUUGCCUCUAUCACUGGUUCCCAAGAAGCACGCUCCACCGCCGCCACCCCCACCUGCACCCCCUCUUCUUCCUCCACAAAGACCAAGUUUGCAAAUUCCAACUCCACCACCAGUUAUAGCAGCAUCACCACCACAGCCACCUCCACUACGAUCUCACCAUCCACGCCCAUUGCCUCUAUCACUGGUUCCCAAGAAGCACACUUCACCGCCGCCGCCGCCACCACCACCACCAAUUCCACCCCCUCUUCUUCCUCCACAAAGACCAAGUUUGCAAAUUUCAACUCCACCACCAGUUAUAGCAGCAUCACCACCACAGCCACCUCCACUACGAUCUCACCAUCCACGCCCAUUGCCUCUAUCACUGGUUCCCAAGAAGCACGCUUCACCGCCGCCGCCGCCACCACCACCACCACCUCCACCCCCUCUUCUUCCUCCACAAAGACCAAGUUUGCAAAUUUCAACUCCACCACCAGUUAUAGCAGCAUCACCACCACAGCCACCUCCACUACGAUCUCACCAUCCACGCCCAUUGCCUCUAUCUCUGGUUCCCAAGAAGCACGCUCCACCGCCGCCGCCUCCACCACCUCCAUCGAAACUUCCACUUAUUUCAGCAAAGGGAAACCAUGUACCACCAUGUCCGCCACCAAAGGCAGGUGGUUUGGUUUCAUCGUUGAAAUCCAAAUCCACAGCCAGGGGAAAACCAAGCGGCAGCUUAAAGCCAAAUACUUCCAGUGCGGACUCUGCAAAGGAGACUGGUAUUGGACAGGUGAAGCUGAAGCCGUUGCACUGGGAUAAACUAAUAGCAAAUGCUGAUCAUUCAAUGGUCUGGGAUGAUAUCAAUAAUGGAUCUUUCCGAUUCGAUGACAACCUUAUGGAAACCUUGUUUGGAUACACUUCCGCUGUCAAAUCCCCAGCAAGAAAUAGCAUCUCAUCGAACUCCAGUAGUACAAACUCCUCUCAGCCUGCUCAAAUUUUCAUUCUUGAGCCCAGGAAGUCCCAAAACACAGCAAUUGUGCUUAGAUCUCUUGCAACCUCUCGCAAAGAAGUCCUUGAUGCCCUUCAUGAUGGCCAAGGACUGGACGCUGAUACCCUUGAAAAAUUAAUCAAAGUUUCCCCAACCCAAGAAGAAGAAGCCAAAAUCCUCCAAUUCAAUGGCGACCCAACUAAACUUGCUGAUGCUGAAUCAUUCCUGUAUAACAUCCUGAAAGCCGUUCCUUCAGCAUUCACCCACUUCAAUGCAAUGCUUUUCAGAUCAAAUUAUGAUCCCGAGAUCCUUCAAGUCAAGGAAACUUUACAAACACUUGAAUUGGGGUGUCAGGAACUAAGAACUCGCACUAUCUUCUUAAAACUCCUUGAAGCUAUUCUCAAGGCUGGCAAUCGGAUGAAUGCUGGAACUGCUAGAGGCGACGCACAAGGUUUCAACCUCACUGCUCUAAGGAAACUAUCUGAUGUUAAAAGCACUGAUGGAAAGACUACACUACUUCACUUUGUCGUGGAACAAGUGGUUAGAACAGAGGGCAGACGUUGCAUGAUGAAUCGGAACCAUAGCAUUGGUCGAAGUAAUAGCCGAAGGAGCAAAAAUGGGGAUGUAAAUUCAGACAGCCUGGUAGCAAAUGAACAGGGAGAGAGGGAGUACCUAACGCUUGGUUUGCCAGCUUUAGGGGGCUUAAAUAUUGAAUUCUCUAAUGUAAGGAAAGCAGCUGCUAUAGACUAUGAAAGUUUCAUCCAUAUGUGCUCCACUCUCACAGCUAGGGUUGCUGAAAUUCAACAACAUGUGACCUGUUGCAGCAGUGGUGAGGUGGAUCGGUUUGUUACAGAAAUGAAAGGGUUCUUGGAAGGAUGUGAAGAAGAGCUUAAAGUGGUGAGAGAGGAGCAAAAGAGGGUAAUGGAGCUUGUGAAGAAAACAACAGCAUAUUACCAAGUAGGAGCUUCCAAGGACAAUGGCGCACACCCACUCCAGUUGUUUGUUAUUGUGAAGGAUUUCCUUGACAUAGUUGAUCGAGCUUGUUCAGAUAUUAGUCAGAAGCUACAGAAGAAAAACUUGAGAACACCACCAUCAACCUCAACAAGACAUGUAGAAUCUUCAUUGCCACCAGUACCGCCUACAAGAACCGCUUUUAGAAUCCCAAACUUGCAGCUGCAUUUCUUGUCAGACCAGUCAAGGACAACAUGUUCUAGUGAUUCAGAAGAUGAUUUCUGAAGAGAGAUGGCUGUAUUUUCUGUAUGGUUCAGACUAACACGACAAGAUGACAAUGUAGGAGCAAAGUUCGUAUAAUGAGAAAUGUAAGAUAUCUGGUGUUCCGAA